CUGCGUGGACGACCUCAAAAAAAAUGAUAAAAAAAACGAUGCUCCGUUGGCCUUUUUACCUCGGAAUUUUCGGUAUUUUAAGAGGAAUUUGUUCAUCUGAAGAGGACUUCUUAUUAAAUCCCGAAAACAGCGAUAUUUUACUCGAAAUUGCGGACGAAAACGAGUUAUUUAUGCCGAUGUUAGAAACAUUAAGUUUAUUAGCUAGAAAACCAUCUUGUUUCCGCUCAGCAGCAUCAUCACUUAUUUCUCAGUGUAAAGAAAUGGAUUCUGAUCUUUACGAGGCAGAAAAAGCGGCAUUUGCGGUGAAAUUAACGCUUUGUGAGUUGGGAACAGCUCAUGCAGAGAUUCCGGCGGCAUGCCGGGAAAAAAGCCUUGAAAAAUGUGUCAAAGAACUUGAGACACGUCCUCAGUGGUGGACGAGCUAUUCAGGAUAUUUUAGAGAUGUUACACGAAUGUGUUAUGUUGCACGAACGGAGGUGGAGAAAGAUCAAUUACUUUCAUUACACCGAAACCUUACGCAAGUUCAAAUGGUUUUACUUCAUAAUUUAAAGAAAGAAUUAGAAGAUAUUGAUAUUCGGAUCUAUGACAAGUAUAAACUUGAACAUAUGUGGCAAGAUUUUCAGGAAGACAUGGAGAAUAAUAUGUUAACAAUGCGAAAUGAAAUUAAAGAAAUGGAAAAAAGGAUGAAUUUAUUAUUAACAAUGUUUACGGAUUCGAUUAAUAUGUCAAUGGAGGAUGUGAAUAAAAAAAUGUAUAAAAUUACUACGGAUUUGGAUAAAGUAGCAGAAAAAGUUGAAGAAGAGGGAUCACAUUUAAAGAAGGAAAUAAAAGAUAUUGGGUUAUCAUCACGUGAAGCCUGGAGUGCAGCAGGCGAAACGGUUUUAGAUAGUUUCGAAUCAAUAAAAAAGAUAAAUAACGAUUUAUCAAAUAUCCAGCGAAAUAAUUUAGAUUCAAUUGUUAAUCUUUUGGAUAAAAUAUUUAUAUCAUUGGAUUCAUCUUUUGGAUCUAUUGAAAGUCUUUCUCGGAAAAUAUUAUCUACAUCUACGGUUGCUGAAAUUUUUUCAAAAACAUUGGAAAAUUUAACAUAUUCAUACAAUGAUUUGUUCUCAUCUAUGUCUUCUAUUGAGGUUUUACAAUCAAAAAUUGGUAAUAAGUCUCUCUCAACCAUUAAGUCUAUGUGUACUCUGGUAAAUGAAACAAUGGAUGGUUUAUUGGAUCAAAUACAACAACUUAAAAAUACUACAAAAAAUGCUCAAAACCAUAUAUAUUCUUGGAUAUUUUCGAAAAUACCUUAUGCACUUAUAUGUUUUAUUAUUUUUUUUUCUCCAAUGUAUAAAUCUAUAGGGAUAUCUUUAGUUUUUCUAUAUUAUCUUUGGAGAAAGUUAAUUACAUCUAUCGAACAUUGGAAUAUUUUGAAUUUGUCAUAUUGGCCAUAUACAGUUUUGAAUAUUUAUAAGAAUAUCAUUUGUUUUAUCAUUUUUUCUGCUUCUGCUUCUUUUUUUGUAUAUUUUCUCAAAAAAUCUAGGAAAUUUACCCAAUAUUCAAUACCCUCUUUUUAUAAAGUUCAUCAGGAAUUAUUUAAAAUUGAUCAGAAACCAAGUUGGCAACGUCUUUCUACAACUAAAAGAACAAAUAGAAUUUCACGUAUUUUUUAAUCUAUUAUAUUGAUAUUUGCAAAAUCCUGGAAUUUAUACAACAAUU